AUGGGGGCAAUCAAGGAGGACGUGGGGAUGCUGCUUUCCUACGAUACCCCGGAGCUGGGGGAGUUCAAGGAGGUGGGAGGAAUAAUAAGAAAACCGUUUGAAGAUGAAUGCAACAAUUAUCGCAGUCCUUCUUCUGAUUAUAGCUGCUGUAACUACAGCCACAGUAGCCGCCAACACAACCACAGCUGCUGUAACUACAGCCACAGUAGCCGCCAACACAACCACAGCUGCUGUAAUUACAGCCACAGUAGCCGCCAACACAACCACCGCUGCUGUAAUUACAGCCACAGUAGCCGCCAACACAACCACAGCUGCUGUAACUACAGCCACAGUAGCCACCAACACAACCACAGCUGCUGUAAUUACAGCCACAGUAGCCACCAACACAACCACAGCUGCUGUAAUUACAGCCACAGUAGCCGCCAACACAACCACAGCUGCUGUAACUACAGCCACAGUAGCCACCAACACAACCACAGCUGUUGUAAUUACAGCCACAGUAGCCGCCAACACAACUACAGCUGCUGCCACAACAACCACAGUUGCACCAACUACAACUACAGCUGUCGCCACCACAACUACAGCUGGCGUAACUACCACAGUUGCUCCCACAACAACCACAGCUGCUGCCACAUCAACUACAGCGGCUGCCAUGUCAACCACGGCUGCUGCCACAUCAACUACAGCGGCUGCCAUGUCAACCACAGCUGCUGCCACAAGAACCACAGCUUCUCCGACUACAACCACAGCUGCUGCCAUGUCAACCACAGCUGCUGCCACAAGAACCACAGCUUCUCUGACUACAACCACAGCUGCUGCCAUGUCAACCACAGCUGCUGCCACAAGAACCACAGCUUCUCCGACUACAACCACAGCGGCUGCCAUGUCAACCCCAGCUGCUGCCACAUCAACUACAGCGGCUGCCAUGUCAACCACAGCUGCUGCCACAAGAACCACAGCUUCUCCGACUACAACCAUAGCUGCUCUAACUACAACAACAGCUGCUGCCCUUUCAACCACAGCUGCUCUAACAACAACCGCAGCUGCUGCUACGACAAUCACAGCUGCUCCAGCUACAACUACUAAAAAACCCACGGUUGCCACAACAACAUCCAUUGUUGCUGCAUCAACCACAGCUGCUGCCUCCAGUGGAAUAUGCUUCAAGACAAGUCUUCUCACAAUCUGCCUGGCUGUGAUGUCAAAUCUGGUUCACUCAUACCGGUAGACUAAUCAUCAUCUUGAUAGCAUACCUCAAAAUACAUGUAUCAAAUCCUAUUCAUAAUUGUUUAUAGAGCGGUUGAUUCGAGCCAAGAAUGCUGAUUUGCUGAAAGCCAUAGCCGUAUACCAUGGGUAUGACAAAAAAAAAAUCUUUACUGGUCUAAUUACACUUGUAAUCAGUUUAUAAUGGCAAUAAGGCACCUUGUGGUAUACGGCCAAUAUACCAUGGCUAAGAGCUGUAUCCAGGCACUCCGCAUGCCUAAAAACAGCCCAUAGCUGUGGUGUAUUGGCCAUAUGUAUUGGCCCAUAGCUGUGGUGUAUUGGCCAUAUACCACACCUCCUUUGGCCUUAUUGAAUAUAAUGAAAUAUAUAUAAUGAAAAUAUAAUAAUAUGUAUUUUGAAGACAGUAAAGAUUCCUAGAGAGAAACUGAAAUAUCUGUAGGAUCUUCUUAAACAACUGCUGCUACUCGGUCCCCUUUAAGCUUAAAUAAUCAUCCUUGUAGUCACAGUUAUAACUUCUUUAGUUAUUUUGUACUUAUUUUAACUAAACAUUGUAUUUUGUGCUAUUAUGCACCUCACCUUAAUUCAGUAUGAAACAAAAACUAUUUAACUACUUUGAAUAAAUUGUGAUCAAUCUACACACAAUACCCUAUCAUGAAAAAUAAAAAACUGGGUUUUAGACAUUUUUGCAAAUGUCAGAAACACCUUUUUUACAUAAGUAUUCAAACCCUUUGCUAUGAGACUGGAAAUUGAGC